ACAGCAACCUCAACCACAACCUUAACGACAAGCUCUACCUCAACAAUAACCUCAACCACAACCUCAACGGAAAUCUCAACCACAACCUUAACGACAAGCUCUACCUCAACAAUAACCUUAACCACAACCUCAACGGAAAUCUCAACCACAACCUUAACGACAAGCUCUACCUCAACAAUAACCUCAACGACAACCUCCACAGCAACCUCCACGACCAGCGCGUCAUCCGGUAAUUUUGCAGUUCUUAAACACAGCCAUUUCUUCUGAUCCAUGCUUCGUGUAGCAUCUGCACCGAAUUUCGCAUAAAAAACAGAAGAAGAAAGUGCAUUCUGAAAUUUUCCCUCUAUUCCCUAUACGAUUCUUCAAAUACAAGUAGAAAUCUUUGAAAUAAAGAAUGUGUUAUACCACAAUACUUGAAGAGAGAGAUUGAUCUGAUUAGCCUCACAUGCUGAAACAUUCCCUAAGAAACGAAGCGUUGAAUAGAUGAAAGAACCCAGAACAGAGGUCGUUUUUUAUCACUUCAGCUACAAUACUAAUUCCGGCUGUAACCGUUUUUCCUUAAGGCAACUGGAGCUCUACAGGAAGCACGACAACCCCUCGUCUCCAGCAUACUGCAACCCUGCUCAAUUCGAGCAACGUUCUUGUUACUGGUGGUCAACAAUCGUCAGUUUAUCUUAAUAGUUGUGAAAUAUAUGAUCCAUCAACACGCCAAUGGCACACUACCGGAAGCAUGGCAACAGCGCGUAAUUCGCAUACUGCAACCUUGCUCACUUCGGGCAACGUUCUAGUCGCUGCUGGUGGAUCAAUGGGUGUUGCUGUUGCUAGUUGUGAAAUAUAUGAUCCAUCAACGGGCCAAUGGAGCACUACCGGAAGCAUGGCAACAGCGCGUUAUGGGCAUACUGCAGCCCUGCUCACUUCGGACAAAGUUCUUGUUACUGGCGGUCUACAAUCGUCAACUUAUCUUGCUAGUUCUGAAAUAUAUGAUCCAUCAACCGGCCAAUGGAACAUUACAGGAAGUAUGGCAACAGCGCGGAAUGGGCAUACUGCAACCUUGCUCACUUCGGGCAAAGUUCUUGUCGCUGCUGGUGGAUCAAUGGGUGUUGCUAUUGCUAGUUGUGAACUAUAUGCUCCAUCAACAGGCCAAUGGAACACUACGGCAAGCAUGGCAACAGCGCGUAAUGGGCAUACUGCAACCCUGCUAACUUCGGGCAAUGUUCUUGUUACUGAUGGUCAACAAUCUUCAACUUAUCUUACUAGUUGUGAAAUAUACACACAAUAA